CAGCUCUAUGUCCGGACAUGUAGAUCUCAUAGCGGCUUGGCCUUUGUUAGCGAGUCGCUGAAAAGAACCAAGAAAGCCAGAGGAGCCGCGUUCAUGCACAUACAGGGAGGAAAAUGAUCAUCUGCACGAAAAACAUGGACUAUCGCCUUGGAACCCAGUGCCAGUUCGUUCAAAAUCAGGUGAUGGUGAACUCUGAGAAAGACCGUGCUUCUCUCUUGUGUAUGAAGGCUCUGGCCAACAGGGGGCUUCUCAAAUGCUCCAUAUCAGAUGUGGAGGAGGAGGACGAGGCAAUGUUCUCCGCAGACCCCUCCCGCUUCGUCACAGACCCAGAAUUUGGCUACCAGGAAUUUGCCAGACGGGAGGAGGACCAUUUCCAAGUAUUCCGGGUGCAGGACUAUUCAUGGGAAGAUCACGGCUUCUCAUUGGUGAACAGGCUCUACUCUGAUAUAGGGCACUUGUUAGACGAGCGAUUCCGCACUGUGGCCUCCCUCCCUUUCCCUCACAGCCCCGAUCUCAAACGAGCCAUCUGGAACUACAUUCAUUGUAUCUACGGCAUCAGGUAUGAUGACUACGAUUAUGGGGAAGUCAACCGGUUACUGGAGCGUGGAUUGAAACUUUAUAUUAAAGCUGUGGCCUGCUAUCCCGACUCCAGCAAGACCCCUCUAUGCCCACUGUCCUGGGCCCCUGUCAAAGCUUCAGAGAAGGUUCAUGUAAAUUUGUUAGUGAUGGAGGCACGUCUGCAGGCCGAGCUGCUGUAUGCGCUCCGAGCCAUCACUCAAUACAUGAUCGCAUAGGACACGAGCGUUCAGCGCCACAGAGGGACAUGGUACAGCGAAAGUCAAGGCAAAGAAAUAAGCAGAGAUCUGUCUCUCCGUCUCUGUAUUUGUUGUCUCUGAGUUUACCAGUGUGAUGUAAGGUACUGCUGUGAAACGUUUCUUUGCCAAAGGUGAAACUUUAGAAAAAAAACGGUGCAAAGCAAUCGCUCUCACCCCUACUGUCAUUUUGCAUGUUUCUCCUACUUCCUUUUCUUUCUGUAUUUGUCCUUUUGUGCGCAU